AAUUGAAAAAAAGAAAGAAAACAUUGAUGUUGAAAAAGGAACUACAAUUUAUAAUAUUGUUGAUGAAGAUAUUAAAAUUAUUAUUAAUGAUAUUAGAAAAAUUAUUAAAGAUAUUAAAUGUAUUUUUCAGAAUGGUGAUAAUACAGACCCUAAAAAUGGUGAUAAUACUGAUAAUGAUAUUAAUGAGAAUAUUAAAAAUAUUCUUAUUAAUCCAGAUAUUAUUUAUUAUGAAAAUAUUGAAAUUUUUGAUACUAAUUUUGCUGAAGAUAUUCUUGUUAGUUUAAAAAUUAUUAAUGAUGAUAAAAAG